CCUCCGUCCCCGCCCCCCAUUAAAAGGAGUGUAGCCGAGUUUCAGGAACCAAGUUCUUUUCUCGGUGGAGAUAAUGACUUUGCUCCGGUCUCUGUGCUCCCCCGCACCCUGCUUGUUACACACUUGAAGACGACAGGCCUGUUAAUUAGCUUUAAUUACAAUCAUUUGGCCUCCACCUGCCCGAACCCAGUACUGUACAGUAGGACCUGUCGGGAGUGAGUUGCCAGAUUGAUCUUUCUCCUUUACUUUGGGAGAAUUGGUGUCCAUCCUAUUUAUUAAAGCCUAUGCACAUGAAGCUGUUAUUGUGAAGAGAAUAACAUUUUGGGAAACUUUUCUGUCACCAUCAAUUCAGGAAAAAACUGUAGAGAAGAGCAUCAUCUUGUUUGUGUAUCUCAUUUUGCUGCUUUUCCAUUACUCAGCUUAGUAAUGAAGCCACCAUUAUGUCCUCAGUCAGUGAAGUAAAUGUUGACAUCAAAGAUUUCCUGAUGAGUAUUAAUUUGGAGCAGUAUCUCUCACAUUUCCAAGAGUUUGGUUUUUAUACUGUGAAGGACUGUGCAGCAAUAAAUGAUAGUGUGCUACACAGAAUCGGAGUAUCACCUACAGGGCACCGUAGGAGGAUACUUAAGCAGUUGCAGAUAAUCUUGUCAAAAAUGCAAGAAAUCCCAAUAUAUGCGAAUGUUCAUAAAACAAAGAAUGGUGACACUUCAAAAGAGCACCGCCAUGCUCCAUCUUCUGAUCCGAACACCUGCAUAGAACUUUCCAAUUCUGGUAGUAUUCAGACACCUAGUUUGACACAGUUGGAGACCAUUACAAAAAAUCUUGAUCAAAAUGAUUUUCGUAUGGACUGUAGUCAGUCUCUUAAAUCAGAAGAUAAGCUAUUUCUUUCUCAACAGGACUUUUCUGUUCCAGAGGAACGACACCUGAAUUUGAGUUCUUCUCAUGACUCUUUAUUUGGUAGUGAAAAUGUUAAAAUAGGAUCUUGUAUUACAAAGAAUGCUAUGGAUUGUACAACUGAAGAACAACAAACAGAAAGUGUUGAUUUGAUAUCAGCAAAUUGCAGCAGUCUCCCAUAUGCAGACCUUGAAUGUCUUCCUUCCAUUGACUAUUCAACUUCAGAAGCAAGUUCUAGAAAUGGAAGUAAUGGUUUAUUAGAAAAAUUGCCACCAUCACCUUUCUUUGAAUUUCAAGGAGAAAUGGUUAUAAAUGAUUUGUACACUCCAUCCUCACCAACCCAGGCAUCUAUGAGGAGUCGUAGCAAGUUGGUUUCAAGACCUUCUCGAUCUUUUCUGCUAAGACAUCGGCCUGUACCAGAGAUUCCAGGGUCAACAAAAGGAAUUUCAGGAAGCUAUUUCCGUGAGAGAAGAAAUGUUACUACCUCAACUGAAAAGUCUGUGACACUGAAAAAUUCAAAUGAAGAGAACUCAUGUUCCAUUUUUCCUUAUGGAGAGACGUUUCUCUUCCAGAAACUAGAAAACUCUAAGAAGAGAUCUAUAAAGAACGAAUUUUGGACCAAAGAAGAAACACUUCAAGGGGAAGCAUCCACUGCAAGGAACUCUUUUUUAAUCCAAUCAAGCGUCUAUGAUAACAGGAGGGAGAAAGUAAGUGAAGACAAAGUGGAAGAUAUUUGGAUACCUCGAGAAGGUGUAAACAAUCUUGUAAGAGACUCUGCUUCUGAAUCAGAAUACUCAACAGUAGAAGAAUGCUUUCAGAGUUUAAGAAGAAAAAAUUCAAAGGCAUCUAAAUCUAGGACUCAGAAAACAUUGAAUUUGGAUCCGGUAAAUAGGCACAGUUAUCCUUUAAGCGCAACAAGUGGAAAUGCUGACUCAUUAACCACUUCCUCCAACGCUAUCUCUCCCUAUGCCUGUUUUUAUGGAUCUUCUGCAAUGAAGGUUAAAUCUGGAUGGCUAGACAAACUGUCUCCCCAAGGAAAACGCAUGUUUCAGAAGAGAUGGGUGAAAUUUGAUGGCCUUAGCAUUUCUUACUACAAUAAUGAAAGGGAGAUGUAUUCAAAAGGAAUAAUUCCCCUUUCUGCUAUAUCUACAGUACGAGUUCAAGGAGACAACAAGUUUGAAGUGGUUACAACACAAAGAACUUUUGUUUUCAGAGUAGAAAAAGAAGAGGAGAGAAAUGACUGGAUCAGCAUACUACUAAAUGCACUGAAAUCACAAUCCUUUACUUCCCAGUCUCAAGCAGUUGGUGCACCUGAGAAAUGUGGAUAUCUUGAAUUGAGAGGCUAUAAAGCCAAAAUUUUUACUGUGUUAAGGGGCAACAGUGUGUGGCUUUGCAAAAAUGAACAGGAUUUUAAGAGUGGACUUGGUAUUACCAUCAUUCCUAUGAAUGUUGCAAAUGUUAAGCAGGUGGAUCGAACUGUGAAGCAAUCUUUUGAAAUAAUCACUCCCUACAGGAGUUUUAGCUUCACAGCCGAGUCUGAAAAAGAGAAACAAGAUUGGAUUGAAGCUGUGCAGCAAUCGAUAGCAGAAACUCUCUCUGAUUAUGAAGUAGCUGAGAAGAUUUGGUUCAAUGAGUCCAACAGGAGCUGUGCAGAUUGUAAAGCCCCGGAUCCUGACUGGGCCUCCAUCAAUCUCUGUGUUGUCAUUUGUAAGAAGUGCGCAGGACAGCAUAGAUCUUUGGGACCAAAAGAUUCCAAGGUUAGAAGUCUAAAAAUGGAUGCCAGCAUUUGGAGCAAUGAACUCAUCGAACUUUUUAUUGUCAUUGGAAACAAAAGAGCAAAUGACUUUUGGGCUGGUAACCUUCAAAAGGAUGAAGAAUUACACAUGGACUCACCAGUAGAAAAAAGAAAAAGCUUUAUUACUCACAAGGAAGGAAAAUUCAGAAAGACUCUUUUGGCAUCUCUAACCAAAGAAGAAUUAAAUAAGGCUUUGUGUGCUGCUGUAGUGAAACCCGAUGUGCUGGAAACAAUGACCCUGCUGUUCAGUGGCGCAGAUGUCAUGUGUGCUACUGGAGAUCCUGUGCAUAGCACCCCCUACCUGCUGGCCAAGAAGGCUGGACAGAGCCUGCAAAUGGAAUUUCUCUACCACAACAAAUUCUCAGACUUCCCUCAACAUGACAUUCAUUCUGAGGGUGGGUCAAGUCAGGAGGCAGCCCAGUCCGCGUUCCUCUGUGACUUCUUGUAUCAAGCUUCUGCUGCUGCUUCUAAAAUCUCUUCAGAGAAAAAGCUGCUUGAAG